AUGGCCACAAUCGCAGAUCCUGGGGUCUCUCCGACCAAGGGAGACCAUAUCCAAACGAGUGCUGUUGAUAUUCGAGAUUCAGAUCAAGAGGAUCAUGUGGAGAAACAUCGGCAGCACCUCCUCGGCGUAAAGCUACCCCGUUACUUCGACAAGGAUGAAGAUAGGAGACUGGUCCGGAAACUCGACCUCUUCCUUUUCAACGCCUACGUGUCUGGCAUGAAGGACGAUCUAUCCCUUUUUGGAAAUGAAUUGAACUACUUCUCGACAACUUUCAACUGUGGCAUUAUUACUGGAGCAGUCCCACUCAUGUUGCUUUCGACUCACGUCAGGCCAUCCAUUAUUCUGCCAACCUGUGAGCUCGCCUGGACCUUUCUAGUUAUGGGGAUUGCUGGUGCCAAAACUGCCGGCGCGGUGUACGGUCUACGCUUCGCCAUUGGCUUUUUCCAAGGAAUCGCGUUCCCUGGAUUUGCUGCGCUUCUUGGCUCAUGGUACACCCCCUCUGAGCUGGGUAAGAGGAUGGCCAUGUACGAAGUCUCGGCAAGAGUGGCGGGCAUGUUCUCUGGUUACAUUCAAGCCGGCCUUUACACCAAUAUGAACGGGAAAGGCAUGGCCAGUUGGAGGCAAGUCUCUUCAGAGUGGCUCUUCAUUUUCGACGGCCUGAUUUCCCUGCCCAUUGCCCUUUGGGGCUUCUACGCCCUUCCCGAUCAGCCGAGAGAUACCAGAGCUAAGUGGCUCAAACCUGCUGAAGUCACACUGGCAAUCGAUAGGAUGGAACGCGUCGGUCGUCAGCCUGUCCAAAAGAUUACCUGGUCCCGCUUCAAGGGCAUCUGGACAACGUGGCAUGUCUACCUCUUCGUUAUCUGCUACUUGUACGUCUACUCUCUUCUGAAGCUGAUUCUAUACGGAGCUUUUUCUUGGGGAGACGGCUACUUCAACCUUUGGCUCCAAUCUCUUGGAAAGUACACUGUGCCUCAGCUCAACAAUAUUCCGACAGCUGGACAGGGAGCUGCUCUCAUCAACUCAAUCAUCAGCGGUAUCAUUUCCGACUGGUUACAAAACCGUCCAGUAGUCAUUGUCGCAAACAUGCUACUAUGUCUAGCUGGCAAUGCAUUCGUGGCAGUAUGGGAAGCACCAGAGGGUCUGAAGUUUACUGGAUACAUCCUUAUCACCGCCGGCCUUCCCGCUCAGUCAAUCACAAUUGCCUGGUUGAAUGAGGUCUGCCAGGGCAAUGGUGCACUUCGUGGGCUUAUCGUGUCAAUUGGAAACACCAUGGUCUACGCAAUCAAUGCCUGGGCUCUUGUCCUGCUUUUCCCGGCUGUCGAUGCACCUCACUAUGAUUACGGAUACCAAGUCUGCGCAGGAAUGAUUGGUCUCGCUAUUGUCACUGUGGGCGUGAUUCUGUUCCAGAUCAGGAGGGACUUGAAAAAUGGCAAGGCCAUACGCAACGAUGAGGGCCUUCUAGAGUUCAAAGCAUGGACCGCCGAGGAUCGAGAUAUUCAAGAAGAGGAUUCGCCAAACUCUAGCCAUGCCUAA